AUGUCCGGCCUCGGCAGCUCGCACAACAGGGUGUCAACCUCGGCAUUUAAUCACAAGCGCGGACCGCCGCUGUCGCGAGUGUUUGCGGUAGAUGUGCACGAUGUCGACAGCGACAAGUUCCAGGACUCUCAAAACGCCGGGCCUAUGGAAGCACAAUCUGCGAACGAGUUCCCCGACCGCAUUCCGUUUAGCGAAAGCGCCUGGUCGGUGGCCAUUGGCAUUCUCUCUGUUGGUGGCCUCAUUGGAGCUCUGAUUUCGGGCGCAAUCGCGACAGAAUCGGGCGACGCAACGCGCUGCGGCGUGGCAUCAGGAGUGGCCACCAUAUAUGUCGGCGAGAUUGCGCCCAUUCGGUGGAGGGGAUUCUAUGGCACGUUUUUCCAACUCGCCUUGGUGCUCGGCAUCCUCAUUGCGCAGCUGGUCGCCAUGUAUGUUACAACUGGACUGCAAUGGCGCAUUGUCGUGGCGCUACCCGGUGUGUUAUCUGUUGUUCAGAUUGCGCUGCUCCCGCUGCAUGUUGAGUCUCCAAUUUACCUGAUUAAGGCCCGCCAUGUUAACGAGGCCCGCCAUGCACUGCUCAAGUUGCGUCGCGGCUUUGAUGUGUCCACAGAGUGGCAGGAGGGCUUGGCUUCGCUUGACAGCGGCGAGGCCGACACGUACAGCAUCUCUGUUGUUGCCCGAGAAUCGCCUGUUCAGAGCGAGCCGCAGUUAGCUAAUGCGGCGCAGAACGACAGCAAUGCCACGAUGAAGUAUAUUGCGGCACAGACCCAGCAGCUAGCCAAGAUCUCCCCCUCCGGAUCUGCUUCUAAUCCAGAUAACUCCUCGCCGACCGUUUCGACAUUGGCCGCGCCAGAGGCCAGGUUUAUUCCGCCGAUCAGCAUAUGGCACAUUGUAUGUGGCCGCACCCGCGACGAUCUCAGACACCUGGUUGCAUGCAGCUCGGUGCUCAUGGCGCUCCAGCAGAUGGCUGGAAUUGCAACCAUCUUGUUUGGCGGCAACGAGAUGGCCAACGCAGUCUUUUAUCCGGAAUUCCCUUUGAGCGCGCCUUGGACAUGCAUCCUCAUUUGCCUUACUGCCCUGCCGGCCAUCUUCCUCUGCAUCCUGUUGGUAGAUAAACUGGGCCGCCGGCCAUUGCUUCUGGGCAGUCUCGGUGGAAUGGCGAUUUGCAGCAUCCUGGCAGCCAUAGGCAUGAUCUUUAAUAUCGGUGCGUUGAUCAUUGCGGGCGUAUUCGUGUGCUACUUUAUGUUCAAUUUCGGUCUGGGAACUAUCCCUUGGUUUUUUGUCUCCGAGAGCGUGCCCGCGUAUGCCCUGGGGGCUACCACGGUGCUGGGUUGCUCACUGAACUGGGUGCUGGCCACUAUCCUUGCACCAAGUAUCAUUUCGGGGCGCAACCCCAUUGCCUACUCCGCCAGCAACCCCAUCGUCCUGUUCAUAGUCCAGCUCCUGAUCAUCAUAAGCGUCUGUCGGUUCCUCCACCUAUUCCUCAAGCGGCUCAACCAACCAACAGUCAUCUCUGAAAUCAUCGGCGGCAUUCUUCUCGGACCCACAGUGCUAGGCCGCUGGAAAGCAUUUACAGCCAACGUCUUUCCAUCGGAGUCCCUAGUCAACCUCAAUCUCAUGGCGAACUUUGGCCUGAUCAUGUUUCUGUUCAUCAUCGGGCUGGAGCUGGACCCACGGAUCCUCAAGCGCAACAUCCGACGCAGCAUCAUGAUCAGCGUAGCCGGCAUGGCGCUGCCCUUUGCCUUGGGUGUAGCAACAAGCUACGCCCUCUACCACGUGCUGCUGAACAACGAGGGCCGGUUCCACAUAUUUAUGCUGUUUCUGGGCGUCGCCAUGGCGAUUACAGCGUUCCCCGUGCUGGCGCGCAUCCUGACCGAGCUCAAUCUCCUCAAGACCAUCGUCGGCCAUCGACGACGUCGUCUCAUGGUGCAUGCUGGCCUGGUCAUCGCAUUGACAAACAACUCUACAGGACUGACCGCGCUCUGGGUGCUUCUGGUGGGCGCCGGCUGGACACUCUUCAUUGUCUUCGCCGUGCGGCCAGCCUACCUGUGGUACCUUCGACGCGUCGGCUGCCUGCGGGGUCGCGAGCCCUCGCAGUUUGUCCUGUUCCUGACGUUCGUGCUAGUCCUGGUGUCUGCAUUCUUCACAGACGCCAUCGGCAUCCACGCGAUUUUCGGUGCAUUCAUCGUUGGUGCCAUUGUGCCUCACGACGGCGGGUUCGCAGUCAAAGUAACCGAGAAGAUCGAGGACGUCACCAACAUGUCAUCGCUUGACGACGGCAAAACUUGGGGGCUGCUGAUCCUCGUCUGCUCCGUGGCGUUCAUUGGCAAAACUGGCGGAUGCUCGGUGGCGGCGCGGCUUAGCGGGUUCUCGUGGCGCGAGGCUCUGACAAUCGGCGUCCUGAUGGACUGCAAGGGCCUGGUCGAGCUUAUUGUGCUGAACAUUGGGCUGCAGGCCGGCGUCAUCGACACGCGGAUCUUCUCCAUGAUGGUGGUCAUGGCGCUGGUAACCACCAUCAUCACGGCGCCGCUGGUCGCCUGGCUGUACCCGCCCCACCGCCAGACGCGGCGCCGCGGCCCGCAAGCAGACAGCCCCAUGCACGUGCUCGUUGUGUUCAGCCAGCUGGCACAGGUGCCGGCAAUCAUGACGCUGCUCGGCCACCUGCACCGGCACCAAAAAAACCAGCAGCAAAGCCACCGGCCGCUGCGCGUCUUCGGGCUGCGGCUCCUAGAGCUGACCGGCCGAGACUCGUCGAUCAUGCAGCAGUACGAGUCCGAGCUGCUCGCGGCCAACGACCCCGUGCUGUCGACGUUUCGCGCGUUCGCGCGCAUCGUGCAGAUGCCCUUCGACGCGUCCCUGGCGUACAGAGACCGCGAGCGCUUUGUCGACUGCGUCUUGGAAAAUGCGCGCGACGCCGGCGCUGAGAUGACCGUGGUGUCGGCUUUCGGGCGCAACAGCAGCACCAAGGGCGGGCCGCCAGCGGUUGUGCCCGGGUGGUUCGAGGGCAUGGGCUGGGGGUUCACGGCGGAGCAGCAGGCCGAGUUUAUCGCCGCGCUGUUCGCCAGGGCGCAGGGCACCGUCGGCGUCUUCAUCGACUGCAGCGGCACCGACGGGGCUGAGGGAGCCGGCCGAGCCGACGGGGCCGGCCGAGCCAGCGCCAGCGCCAGCACCACGGGCGCGGCACCAAUGCGGGAGGAGCCGCUGGUGGUUGUUCCGUUCUUUGGCGGCGCCGAUGACCGCCAGGCGCUGCGGCUGGCAUCCGACCUGUGCACACACGCGGGCGUGCGCCUGCUCGUCUGGCGCUUCGGAGGACCGGUUCCCGCGCGGCCCGCGCCAGCGUUUGUGCGCAGCAGCCGGUCGGAUCUGCUGCUGAACCGGGCCGCCACGCGCGUCGAUGAUGAAGGCGGCGCGGCGCUUAAGGACGAGGCAGAGGAGCGCAGCAAGGAUGCCGCAUUUCUUGCUGCGACGCUGGACCCACGCGCUGCCGCGAGCAGGCGCUGGACCAGGCUGGACCAGGCGCUGGGUGUUGUGCCCACGGCGCACUCGGCGUCGGCGGAGCCGCCCGGCGGCGGACUGCGUCUGCGGCCACUGAGCCAAGCAAAGGACGCCGGGCCAUCGCCAUCCGCCGAAGCUGCUGCUGGUGGCGGGCCGCGCGCCACGCGGUUCCCCAAUGCGACCAUCGAGACCAUCGUCACGGGGACGCCUCUGCAGACGCUGCUGCUGCGCGCGCGCCAGCUGUCCUCCGCCGACCUCAUUGUGUGCGGGCGCUCGGUGCGCGGCGGCCUGGCGUAUCACAACAACGAGCAGGAGCUCCUCGAGCGGCAGCGCGCGCUGGGCACGGUCACGGAGUACCUGCUUGGCUUCGGCGCCGACGCCGGCAUCCUCGUAGUGCAAGGCUGGCAAGAGGCACCUUCUACAAAGGCUUGA